UCUCUUUCCCUCUCCCUCCAAAAGAAACCAUGGCCACAUCCGUCAUCUCUGUUUCUUCUUCCUUUCUCCAGUCUCUGAAACUCAAAACCCCAGCAAAACCCUCAAAAUCAUGUUUCUCCAAUUCCGCUGUGACUGUUAGGUGCACUUCUCAAACAAGCCUCAGUUCAGUUCCCGGCAAAAAACUCACCUCCAACCCUCAAAAACCCGCCUCCACAAGCCGCCGGAGAUCACGCUAUGGCACCUCUAGGAGAUCGAUUCUCAAGAAAACAUUCACUCAAGAACAGGUUACCUUUGCCGCACCGGUUUCUCCUGACCCUCAUGUGGGGAUUAUUGGUGGAGGAAUGGCUGGUCUUGUCUGCGCCUUGAACUUGGAGAAGCGAGGGGUUCGAUCCACGGUUUUCGAUACGGGGAUGCAUGGACUAGGGGGAAGAAUGGCCACUAGGGUAAUUGAUCCUCAACCAUUGAUAUUUGAUCAUGCAGCUCAGUUCUUCACUGUGAGUGACUCUCGGUUUGCUGAAUUGGUAGAUGGUUGGUUGGAGAGAGGUCUAGUUCGAGAAUGGCCUGGUAUAGUUGGAGAACUUGAGGUGGGUGGUCGAUUUACUCCAUUUCCAUUUGCCGCACCCAGAUAUGUAGCUGUUAAUGGGAUGCGCCCUUUUGCUGACUCCUUGUUAUCAGAGACUUCUAUUGUCAAUGUGGUGAGACCUUGCUGGAUUAGUAAGCUUGAGCCAUUUAAUGGGAUGUGGCACUUAAGUGAGAAUGCAAAACCUCGUGGGCAGUUUGAUGCAAUUGUCAUUGCUCAUAAUGGAAAAUGUGCAAAUCGUUUACUUGCUUCUUCAGGAUUACCACUAAUUGCUAGACAAAUGAAGAGAUUGGAGUUGAACUCAAUAUGGGCUCUUCUAGCUGCAUUUGAAGAUCCCCUCCCCUUUGCUGGUGGCACAGUGACAUUUCAAGGAGCCUUUGUUAAAGGAGUUGAUUCUGUAUCGUGGAUGGGAAAUAACUCAGCGAAACUUAUGAAUUCUCAGCAUGAUGGUCCACAUUGCUGGACUUUCUUCAGUACUGCAGCUUAUGGAAAGCAGAACAAGGUUCCACAGGAAAAUAUUCCAGCAGCCACAGCAGAGAAGGUGAAGACUGGCAUGCUUGCUGGUGCUGAAGCUGCUCUUGGACUAGCAAAAGGCUCACUUCAGAAACCUUUUUAUACUAGAGUCCAGCUAUGGGGUGCAGCUCUUCCAACUAAUACUCCUCAUACUCCUUGCAUCUUUGAUCCUCAUGGACGGGCUGGUAUAUGCGGUGAUUGGCUACUUGGUUCAAAUAUGGAAUCGGCAGCCAUAAGUGGGAUGUCUCUUGCACAUCAUAUUGCAGACUAUUUCCAAAAUGGGGGAGAUAGUCCUGGGGAGUUUGCCAUUGGUUUGCAAAAUGAAUUUUCGCCUGUCGAUGGACAUGAUAUUGGACAAUUCUCUGGGUUAAAUUCCACAGGACAAGCAAACAAUAUCAACUUGCCUGAAAUGGUAUCAUCCUAAGAAGAUUUAUGAAAUUUUGGUAAAAUAGCUGGAAGAUCUUUAAAACAUAUGGUUGUGUCACAAACUGUCGGAAGGCAGGACACUGGGGUCGUGCCGUGACGUCUUCGAUUAUGAGGCACUGCAAUAUAUGAAAGUUAUAAAGUGGUGUCUAUGCCUCAAGAGAUUGUGAGUUAUGAGAGUUGUUUCUCAGGGACAUGAUGAGAAAGCUAUGGUUUAAGAGAGGUAUCUGCAGAAUGUGAAUUACUUCUACAUUUGUCUCUGACUCAAGCUGGAUCAAUGGAGGUCGAGACUAGUGCAGAUCAAUGCAAGGAGUAGGAGCAGAUGAUAUGGAGGAGGGAAAUCCAAAUAAAUAUUUGUAUCAUUUUGUUUGGUCAAUUUUUAUCAUGUUGUGUUCAUAUAACACAAUAUUACUUUAUAAAUACAAUAUUUUUUUACCUGUAUCAUACUGAAUCAAAUCAAAAGAAUUAUAUCACUCUAUUGGGUGAGGAACAGAAUAGCAAAA